AUUUUGUUUUUCAAAACAGAUAAAAAUAUUCCUUGGCCUUGAAAAUAAGAAAAUUACCAGUAUUCCAUGUAUUUGUGAACAGUGCGGUUUCAUUUUUUUGAGUUGUGAACAGUUAAGUUUUUAGUACUUGUUUUGAAAUAGUCAUGGCUUCCGUUGUUGACUUAGAUAUGGAAAACCUGCAAUUGAAAGCACAGAUUCAAGCGCUGAAGUUGGAAUUGGAAGAUAAACAAAGUCAAAUGACAUUGUCUGGCAAGCUGGGAAAUGAGUUGUUGCAAAGUAACAAUGAACUGAAUCGUAAUCUUGAAGAGAUCCAAGAAUUACAUUUGCAAGAGAUGGAGGUAUAUUGACACCUACGAAGUGUAUAUAUCUUUCUAUUGAAUUUACCAUGCUUUAUGUAUUAUUUGUUAAUUAUUUAUAUAUAAAACAUAAACGUCCAAAAUGAAAUAGCUGACCAAUAUACCAUUGUUGUUGGUCGCACAAAAGCACCUAUAAAACUUUCUUUAUGUCUGGUUAGCAACUUUGAAUUUAAUCUCAAGUUCGUUUUGGCUAUGUUACACGAGGCAUCUUUUCUGGAAUGUGCAAUGUAAUUUCAGACACAGAGCCAUAUAUAAAAAUAUAUCAUUCAGCUAUGCAGUGGUUAUUUGUAAAGAGUUUUCCUUUUUCUUUAAAAACAUACUGUUAAGAUAUGGACCAGAUGAUCCAGCGUAAUACCAGCUAGUAUUAGCACUGUAUAAUGCACAAGUCAAUUCCUGGAGUAACCAUCCCCCCCCCCGGGACACCCCCGGGAAUUUGCCCGAUAGACAGUUCACGGGGGUCGGGAAUUUGCCUUUCAUAUAUGUGCACGGGGGCCGGGUAUUGGAGGACCCCGGGGAUUUGACAAAUGGUUGCCCAGAAUCCCACCCACAAAUUUUAAGGCAGCUAAACAUAGUUUCAGGCAAGCAUGUGGGCGCGCUGAUAGACAUAGUCCCACUGAUUUUUUUGAAAGAAUACUGUACGUUAUUCACAGUUUAUAUAAUUAAUGUACAGUAAGACAACUGUAUGCUUUUCCUUUGUCUGCACGCGAGUACCUGUAUGUUGAAGCCAAAAUAUUUGCACACAGUAAUUAUAAUUCUAUAGCCAUUUACCCUUGCCUUUUAUACCUUGCCCAUUGAAUGCAAAAUAAUGAUAGCAGAUAAGGUUUCGCAAAGUAUUUUUUUAAUGCAUCUAGUAUAAAGUGACUCUACACUUUGUCAAGGAAAAAUACAUAAUUUAUAAACUGUGUACGUGCACACGGUCUCAUGCAGACAUAGUGAUUACUUGAUGAGUUUAAUAUGUUUAUACCUUUUAAAAUUUCCGUUCAUGAUAUUGGCUGUAUGGCUUUAUGUCAUCUUUAGAUGAAACUUCUAAAAUGUCCAUCACAGUGUACGAUAAAGAUUAAAAUUGAUAUAAAUAUUGAUGACCCACAGCAACAUGAUACAAGUCGAAAGAAGCUGGAUUUUGAAUUGGAUUAUUCUGCAAAUAAAGGCUAAUGAUAAUGCCAAUAAGAUAUCUUAAAUAUUUAUAAUGUGCAUGCUGUAUGAUUUAUAUAUAAUGUACAUGAUUUCAAUUUAGCCCACGAAAUCUGGGGGCUACGUGACAAUUUAGCCCGUGAAAUCUGGGGGCUCAGACCAGGGUUUUCUUCCAUAAACUACUCUUCAGCGGUGUAUUCGUUACGGUGGUUGAUUUUAUCACUUUCAUGUAUAUUAUAGGAGUUGCGUCAAGAAAACUACAGUCUCCGAAUGAAAAUUGACCAAGAAAAACUCGCAAAGAAAAAUUUUGCAAAUGAAAUGGAAACAACCAAGGAGAAACUACAGCAAAACAUGAAACAAGAGCUUGCUCGUCAAGAAAAUGUUCAUGAAAAGAAAGUUGAAGAACUUCGAGCUGAGACUGAGUCUUUGCAUUCUGCACUUGAAAAGAAUUCUCUAGUCAAUGAACAACUUCACACAAAAAUUUUGAAACAGGAGGAAAUGUUAGCUGAGGCACACAGAUAUUCAAAACAAAUACAAGGAAUGGGUGCGUUGGAAACUCAACUGGAAGAUAUGAAAGAGGAAUGUACGUUAAUGAGAUUAAAGAAAGAAGAACUGAAGAUCGCUGUUGAUGAUGUUAAUGCUGAGAAAGAACAACUAGUGUUUGAUAAGCAAAAUUUAGUGCAGAAAAUUGAGAUGUUGAAAGAAAAUCUGGAGGAAACUUCAAGUCAAGGCAAAAUAUGGUUUGAUACCUUGCAGGUAAUAAGGGAUAUUAUUAUAAAUGUUAAUUGUUUUUACUUUUAGCAUGAUUCCAAGAUUGUUAAAACUUAAAUUCUGCAUGAGUGAGUAAACCUUCAUUAAUUCCAUCUAUAUAAGUAUUGGUGCUGUAUAUGUGUAGCACACUGCCACGAUAGUCUCUUGCCCACAGGAAUACAAUAUAUAUUCAUGUCGGUAUCUCACCUCCUAUGUGACACAGUGACAUACUGUAAUGAAGAAAUUUCAUUGUCACAAUAAUGUAGUAAAGGAGAGAAUUCGUUUCCCUCAAGUUAAAACAACAGGCAAUUCGCUGCGUUACAGAUCAACAAAUCAAAAAUAAGACAGUAAACAACGUACAAAGAUAACCGCAUUGACGUUCUAAUCAUGUAUAAACAGUUCAACAUUAACGGAAAGUACUCCAAGAACAACAUAGAUUUUAGCCUCACAUUGCCUUUGUAUACAACUACCCCCUCCACAGUUUCGCAUGCAGCGGGCGCAGGAAGUCAGAAAGCGAACACUCAGGCGCCACAAGGAAUGCGAAAAGUCUUUGAUAAAUUUUUCUUUUAAAAUGGCAGAAGAACAAACUGUCAUUAAUGAUCCAAGCAUAGCAAGUAUAACGAUACGUGAAAGAACAGCCCGAAAAUAAGUGGAACGCACGACACAUUAUUGUGGGAGAAUGAGAUCAGGGUGAAGUUCACCAAUUAUAUGCAUUAAACUCUGAUCAACCCAAAGACUCAUUAAGCCUUAUGUUUUCAUCCCGCAUGGGUAUGUAUAAUAAGACCUGCUAGGAGAGACUGAAUCCCCUACAGGUCAUAAUUAGAAAAUUGUUCUAUAGUCCUUGAAUAAUCGUUCUUGAAUAGUCCUCACAUAACAUAGCUAGUAUGUACGACGCAGUCCACCAGACCGGUUACUGACACAAGGAACAUGAACGGGUGGGUGGGUGGAAAUUUUCUUUCUCGUUACUCUCGAUUUCAAUUUGCUUUUCAAAACUGACUUCCAAUGUUUACUUGUAAAUUCGAAAUGUUCGUUGUAAAGUUCCGAAGUUUGUUUCGAAGUUCGUUCCGAUGAUUUACGAUAAUCAAGUUUAGUAAGUUGUAAUUGGCUAGUUAAGUGAACCAGCCAAUUAAAUCGCUUGCUAUUGAAUCAUCGUAAAUCAUCGUAACGAACUUCGAAACCAACUUCGGAACUUUACAACGAACAUUCCGAAUUUACAAGUAAACAUUGGAAGUCAGUUUUGAAAAGCAAAUUGAAAUCGAGAGUAACAAGACAUGGUUGAUUGUUUGGAUAUUUGUCAAACUGAAAACUUCAAAGUGAAAGCCUUUGUCAAUGGCUUUUGGUCUGCGUGUUCGUUGUUGACAUGAUGAUUGGUCAGUUAGUCUUUCAUUCUGUUUACACGACUCUCCCUUACGAAAUUAUCACCAGGUUUGAAAGUGACAAACGUGUUGUCUCAUUAACUUUAAUUUUAUUUAUAUAAUUAUUGUUAUAUAUAAAAUUGCUUUAACUACUCUCAUCUGCCAUCGUUGCAUAAUCGUCUCGCCUGCACGUUCGAUCUCCUUACUAUAAUUGCAUCAGCUUUGGUCGUACUGAUGAUUUUAAUUUUCUAAUAUUCUUUCCCAAUCUACAGAGCUCUCGUCAGCAGCUUUCUGAACUUCAAUUGGAAAAUUCUACUUUGAAAGCUGAAGCUAUGAAUAGAUCGCAUAAAGAGAAAGGGAACUCUUUAUUUGGCGAGGUACCUGUGCUGACUAUAUAAUUAUAAACAUGAUGUAUGGUUUUUAUUGUUCAGCAAAACGAUGAAUAUGUGAAUCUAAAUUUUGACAAUUUACUCUCUUUUUUUUCAGGUGGAAGAUAGAAGAUUGGAACUUGAACAACAAAAUACCGCACUAAGUGCGAAAUAUAGAUCUCUGUCCACGACACAUAAAAUCACGAAGAAACAACUUAUUGAACUGAAGGUGAAAUUGAUUGUAUUUUUAUUUCAGAUAUAUACAGUUGUCAUUGUGUACAAAAUCUUGUACGCCAUCACAAUAAAAUUGGCGAUUUGGACGAUCAUCUGGUUUUAUAUGAGGUUACGUAUAGGAGGUCAAGGGUCUGUGCUAAUGGUAAAGGACGGUUUUUAUAUUGAUUGUAUUGUUUUGUAAUGGCUUUUAUAAAAUAGUUGAAGAACUCAUUGACGUUUGAUGCGCUGACAGCUAUUUUGUUUCUUUGUUGUUUUAGUGGACCUCAGUUCAAUGAUUGACCCCCACUUGAGUAAAAUUAUGCUAAAACAUCACUUGAUUGAAAUCCAAGAAUAUAUGCAUGAUAAAGGCUUUGUAAAAAAACUUGGUAGUUACUGUAGUUUAAUAAACUUUUUCGUCGCGAACGCCCUGGGGACGAAGUUGAAUAAUUAUUAUAAUAUCAGUUCGCUAUGAAUAGAUAAAAUUUAUAUCUCUCCGUGAAAGCAUUUUGUUGUAACGGCUGUUAGACUAGACUAAGUAUAGAAUCCAGCUGAUAGUUUCCAGAAAUAUUAUACACUUAAUGUCUACUCCCGAGGGAAAUAGUUUUCCGGAGAGUUUCAAUGUUUCUCGAGACGAAGUCGAGGAAAAGAUUGAGAUUAGAGGAAUCGAGGCGAAACAAAACGAACCAUUUCCCGAGGGAACAUAAAUUAAGUGUUUAGUUAUAUAGCGACGAAAGGAAAAUCAACAACUUUCAUACGAUGAAAAAACUCGUGACAAAAACUCAUUCAUAACAAAAACUAUAUAUAAUGCAAACGAGUUUAAAAUUAAAAGAGCUUACUUAAACGGUUUCAGCAGCAUAUCCUGUUGUGUAAUUUCUCUCCCUUUUUACAUUCUUUAUUUUAACAUAAACUUGGAAAAUCGUAGUUUAUAAACUUGCGAGUUGUGCCGCCAUUUUGUUUAUUUAUGUAUAUUGGUAAGACUGACAGAACGCUACUGGAACGGGUCAAGGAACAUGCUUGCAAAGACAUGGGAAUUGCUGUGAACAAACAUUUAUAAUAACAUUUAUAAUAAACUCUUGAUACGUAAACAGAAAAACAGUAUUGACCAACGGCAACUUGAACGUUAAUUCACUUUGAUUGCUUAAGCAAUUGCGCACGCACGUUUAUUUUAAAUUUGUAUAUAAUGCAAGUUGUUUACACACUUCUGUGUUUUGUCUUAUAGUAUUUCUGAUAUAUUUAGACUCACAUAUUGCCGAUGCUGACCAUGGCUGGCAAUCAGGCUGACAGUUCGAAAAUUAAAAGACUUGAAGCUGCUCUCAUUCAGAGUAAAAGUGAAAUUCAAAGCCUGUAUGUUAAAAUAGAGGAGUUGGAAAAAGAGAAGG